AGUCAUUCCAUCACUCUCCGCGAAGCUCCACGCUAGUGCCAUCAUGCUGCCAUCUUACACCUGGAAGAAGCUCGAAGCCAUCGACCCUCCUGUACAGCGAAGCUCCCAUGGAAUCAGCUGCAUCAACAACGUCGCUUACGUCUUUGGAGGAGAGCACGUGGCUCGCACUCCUAUCGACUCGACCGUCUUCAAGCUGGACCUCUCCGCUUCUCCCCUCAAGUGGCAGGCGAUGGCUGCAGAGGGAGACGUUCCUCCUCCCCGGGUCGCGCACGCGCAAGCGGCGGUAGGCAGCAAGAUCUACAUCUUCGGGGGAAGGCAGGGGAUUGGAAUGAGCGAGGCUCCUCUCGCUGACAUGUACGAGUUCGAUGUCGCCGUCAACCGCUGGAGCCUCGUGGAGGCGAAGGGCGGGAGCCCUCCCGCUUGCCGCAGCUUCCACAGGAUGGUUGCCGUCGGAAAGGAUCUCUACGUCUUCGGAGGAUGCGGGACGUCGGGAAGGUUGAGCGACCUGCACAGGUUCGACACGGAGCAGAAGACCUGGGAGCAGAUGCCGUCAUCCGACAAGAUCCUCGGAAGAGGAGGAGCCUCGUUGCUGCAUGCAGGACGGGAGCUCUUUGUUGUCGCCGGAUUCUCAGGGAAGGAGAUGAACGACGCACACGCCUUCGACUUGUCAAGCAGAGCCUGGACUGAGAUCAGCGUGCCAGAUCUGAGGGGCAGGAGCGUGUGCGGGGACUGCUGCCUCGGGCAGUUUGCGUGCGUCUUCGGGGGUGAGGUGGACCCUUCGGACCGGGGGCAUGAGGGAGCAGGAGCCUUCGCCAACGACCUCGUGCUGAUCCACACGACAUCCAAGACACUUGUCGUCCCCACCCCCGAGGAGGGGAGCGAAGCGCCUCCUCCGAGAGGCUGGACUGCCAUGGCAGCAGCGAGCGAGGGGAAAGCGAUCCUAUUCGGAGGUCUCAGUGGAGAUGACGAGAACCCGACCAGGAUGAAUGAUCUCUACAUGCUCGAGCUCAAGGAAAACUGA